AUGGGCCCCUGUACCGCCUCCUCAUGCUGCUGCCAGGCCCGUAAUCUGCCAUGGGCCCCCGUACCGACUCCUCAUGCUGCUGCCAGGCCCGUAAUCUGUCAUGGGCCCCUGUACCGCCUCCUCAUGCUGCUGCCAGGUCCAGAGUGUGUCAUGGGUCCCUGUACGGCCUCCCAUUGCUGCUGUCUCCAUCGCCACACUCUGCCAUGUGCCACUUUCAGGUCUCCUCACACUGCUGGUGGGUUCCAUUUUUUCAUAGGGUGCUGUAUGGCCUCCCAUUGCUGCUGCCUCCACCGCCACACUGUGGCUCCACACUCUGGUUUUGGCCCCGUGACUGCCCAAAUGAGUGAAGUGUGCGGUGAUUCUAAGAUCGACGGCACUCAUCUGCAUGUCAUACUGACUGACAGUAUUAUUUCUCUUCCCCAGCAGACUCCAAGGGCAUUUAAAUUAAAGGUACAGUGUUCUGCACUAAUAUAA